AUGUCCAAGCUGUCGCCCUCGCUCAAGGCCUUGAUCAAUGCGCCCUCCGCUCGGCCCGGGCCCGUGGGAGCGCCGCAAGGGAUGCGGGACGUCUAUGAGCGCAUCGCCGCCGACGCCGCGCGCAAGAAGCUGGGCACGAGGCCGUGGCUGGCCAUCUCGGCCGCCGCCACCUUUACCCUCAACUCGCCCGACUCGCUGGCCAUCCUGCACGGCGUCGCCUCGGCCGACAGGGGCAUCGUGGCCGCGACGCAGACGGCCGAGCUGAUGCGCGACGUCGGCCUCAAGUGCAUCAGCUUCAACGGCAUCCCGCGCACCAUCAACUGCCUCAACGCCUUCCGCGCCGCCCUGCCGCCCGCCCUCGCCGCCGCCCUGUCCACGACGCCCGAGCGCGCCCUGACGCCGCACAACCUCGACGCCGUCCUCGCCCGCGGCCGCCGCCUCUUCGACUCCGUCUACGCGCCCCUCGCCGACAAGCUCGUCGACCGCCUCGCCCGCGCCCACCCGGACCUGCCCGUCCACAUCCUCGCCAGCCACUACGCCCCGCUGCUGGCCGACCCGCCGCUGCCCCCGCCGUCCCCGGCUGCCGACGCCGUCGCCGCCGCGAGGACCGGUCGGUUGCUGACGUCGGCCGUCGCCGUGGCCUGUCUGCGUGCUCAGACGGGCGUUGGGCCCCAGGUUCUGUCCCACGUAUACGGCCUGCGCAAGGCCGUCGACGAUGGCUCCUGGAGGGCUGGUUGGGUCGGCGAGAGGCGGGACGAGGCUGACGAGGAGGAACUUGUGCGCUGGCUUGCCGGAGACGAGGGCAGCGAGUGGAUAUUGAAGACUGUCGACAGCAUCGUCGAGGCCUUGGGGGGGAGUAGCUUUGCCGCCGGACCGGGGAGGCAGUCAAAACUGUAA